AUGUCACUCACAACCGACUGUGACAUCGACCGUGUCGAACAGGUAAUCGCAGAUGCUGUCAGCGUACACAUCGCACCCAUAUCGUUUGAUUUACCUGACAUCCUCGCAGACGGGCUUGCCAGCUCAAUGGAUUGUGACGGUGCCUGUUCAACCUGGGUUGCGCAGCUAGGACGAUCUCAGUGGUCAACACACUUCUGUCUGGAGGGCGGCAACCAAUUUGCUUCGGGUGGUAUUGGCGGUGACGAGAUGCUGCCAGGCGGUGCAUUAUUUGAGUGGGAGGAUGGUGUCAAUCUCCGACGGCACAUUUGCGAUGUCAAGGCGGUCGCAGCGUCCCCAGAAGACGUCACUCCCAAUUCUCAUGCCCUUGGGUCUUCCUUCAUGUUUGGGGAACAGCAAGAUCCGUCCGCCGCAGAACCUGCGUUGACGUCUGACCCGAAGAGAAGGGUAAAGGAAAAGAUGUGGUCUCUGCGCAAGGGCCAAAAGUUGUCUCUAAGUCGACCCGUAAGCGAACCUUGCCAGUAA